AGAACUGUCAAUCGUGAUUGGUAUGUGAAAAUAUAUAUUAAUUUUAUUAGUAAACUUUCCAUCUAAUUAUUCUUCAGAGCUUUGUCAUCCUAUUCUGCUUACGUUGAGACCGAUUUACUGAAAACAAAAAUCGACACAGCCUUCAACCACCAAGCAAGCUAGUAGACCAAAAACAAAAACAGAAAUUAUUUCGUUGAAGGAAAGUGUUGAUAAAAAUAGUGUUAAAAAAUUUACAUUAAGUCCGCGAUAGGCGAGAGUGUUUCUUUCUAUCUGUUCAAAAAAGAAGAAAAGUGAAUACCGAGUAGAUAAUAGUGUUUUGUCGUGUUUUGGUUAAAGCUUCAUCGAAUUCAUCUCUUAUAAAUAUACAUACACACUCAUAAAUCAUGUCUCAGCCAAGCACACCAGCACUGCAACCAACUUAUAUGAAAGUGUUCAUACAGAGAGAUUAUAGUGAUGGUACAUCGGUCAAAUUCCAAAAUAGAUUCCCACCUGAACUGGAAGGCAGGAUAGAACGACAGCAGUUCGAAGCAACAAUCAACAAACUCAAUGAAUACUUUGCGGAGGCUGAAAAAGGAUCUUGCAGUACAUACUGUGAGGGAUGUUUGGCAUGUAUCACCGCCUACUUAGUAUAUUUGUGCACAGAAACACACUACGAAAAGUGUAUUCGAAAGGUUUCCAAGUACAUUGCCCAACAGAAUGAACGAAUUUACAAUCCGAAAGGCUUACAAAUUACUGAUCCAACGUAUCGUGGCUUACGCGUAAUAGAAAUAUCAAUACUUGAUCGUCUGGGAAGAACUUGACUGCCACUCUCGCAUUCAACUGAAGAAUUUUUUAUGUAAAACUUCCUAAUCAAAACAAAAAGAGAAAUGAAAUGAAAAGAAUUUUCGUUAAAACACAUCUAUGCUCCCUCCCAAAAACACACACAAACACUCAAACUCACACAAGAAAUAUAUCAGUCAUCAUUCGACCAAAUGCAGAGCAGCAUAACACAACAAAUUGGGAUAAGUCAUUAUUAAGAUUCAUUAUUAUUAUCAACAAAGAGUAAUUUUUAUUGUUAUUAUUUAAAAAAAAACAGAGAAAGAGUAAAAUUAUGUUUAAAAUUCAAAAGCCUUUAACCCCAAUCCGGAUGAAUCCGAUGUUCAACUGUUUCAAAUUGUUUAGUUUUUUUUUUCUUUUUUUUUCUGUCAUUCAUUCACAUUCUAAUCAUGAAUUUGAAUUUAAAUUAUUUUUUCACACUAAUUUAGAAAAUUUAUUGUAUGAAUUAUAACAUUUGAUUAUUCGAAUCUGCAUAAAAAAAUAAAAUAGAAAUAACUGAAAAGAAAUAAAAAAAAAUCAAAAUCGAUGUUGGUAAUAUCAUGUUACAUGCAUAAUUGAAAUGGUUUAGAUUAUUAGAUUGUAUUAUUAGACAAUCUCCUCGGAAAUCAUGCGUUCUUAUCAUUGCUGAGUCAGGCUAUGGUUAAGUCACGAACAGAUAGUGACUUUUGUUGUAAUCGGCUUCGAUGAAGAAUAUUCGUUUCGAUCUAAACCGACAUUGUGGUGGCUUUUGUUCGACUUCAAAUGAAAAGUAAGUGUUACGAUAUCGAUCUGUCGUAUUAGCCCAUUGCGGUUCACAUCUAUUUUUAAUCAAUUAAUUCCCAAAAUUGGCAGCUCUAAUUUGAUUAAAUUAAUGACCUCAAUAACAUGUUCUGCCUUGGAUGUGUCGCUCCGUUAAUCACUUUAAAAAAACUGCCGUCGAAAAAAAAACUAGCGGCCAACCUUGAAGAUUAUAAAAGAAUCCAAAACGAUAGGGUACAUUAUAUGCGGCAGUCUCUUAUCCACGUAUAUGACGUACCGCAUUACCAAUAAAUCGUUCAUAUGGAUUCAAUCUAGGACGCUAACUGCUUUUAUCUCCCGAAAUUGCUGUGCCUUUUCUCUGUCUCUCUCUAUCGCUCUCCCUCUCUCUUUCAGCGUUCCAAUGGAAUGCGGAUGGCACUGCAUGCCUAUCUUAUUGUUGUUAUUGUUGAAUAAAAAUGGUCUUUUGUCGCUAAGUUGCGUUAAGAGUUAGCCUCUUGAAGUUUCCAUUCAUUGUCGGUUCGGCGAGAGAUGACAAUAGGAAUCAGAUCGAAUCAAGGAUAAAUUCAAUUUCUCAUUCUCUCUGUCUCUCUUUCAAAUGAACGAAAUGACAUUGUAUUACUAAUGAUAAAUUAUCGAUGACAAUGAAUUUAGGGAAUAUCGAUGCAAUCGCUGUUUUUCUCAACUGAUCGCAAAUGGAGAGAUGCGAUAUAAAAACCAAACGAAGAAAAAAAUGUAACGAACGACUCUACCAAAUACCAAAAAUAAUAGACGAAAAUUCACUUGGAAUCAAAAUACUGUUCAUGCAAAUGCCGUCGUCAUAUCAUUAAACAACAUGCGGUUACGAUAACGGAGCACCAACACGUGCGCGUCUGUAUGGAGAAGUGGUUUGCAUUGUGGAUUCAAAAUACGGACUUCUUUUUUCGUCCAAAACCAACACUCUCACUUGCGGCAAUUCAUCCAGUCUAAAUAACUAACUUUCCGCUUAUUAUAAUAAUCUGUUUGUGUUUGCUCUUGAAAAGCAUGGGCCGUUUAACGGAGGCAGAAAUCUUUCACUCGCUGUGUGUGGUGUGUCGCUCCUUCUUUACUUUUGACUUGAAACAUAAUGCUGGCACAUUCAACGAUAUCCGUCGCUUUGGCUGACUAGCUGGCUGGCUCGACUGACUAACUGACUGUGUGUACGGUGUGCGGAUUGCGCAAGCGCCACCUCAAAUAUUCGGAAAAUUCAAUUUACAAUAUAUUCAAUUCACUUACUUGUCGUUGUUCGGUAUUGGUUUCAGUUCUGUGUUUGUUUUCCUGUUCCAAGGAGCACAUCACAAUGUUUGAGAACAUUUGUUAGUCGCCAACAACACGCGUGCACGUUCAAACUUCAACGGUUGUCUAACAACCGUUCAUUGAAAUUCACACUCAACUCAGAACCAAACGUACGUAACUUUACCAGAGAGUAAAAUGAAAAAGAAUAGCGGAAAACCUCCUUUUAACUUUUAACAAUAAAAAAAUGCCGCAUUAAAACCAAAAACGCGCACACACAAACACAACAAAGGAACAAAUUUGAGAAAAGAAAAUAAAAAAAAAUUAUUAUCUGUGAUAGUGAACGGUCCGAUUUUGAAUUGUUGUUGCCAUCGCAUUUCAACUAAUCUCGCAUGAGUUAUGAAGCUCAGGACUUUAUAGCGCGAAACCAUAAAUAUUAAAACACACACAAACGAACACAUAAAAAUAUUAAAUAGAGCCCAACUAAUGUUUUUGCGGGGAAAUAGCAGCAAAGCAUUUAAGAUCGUCCAAUAAAAAAAAUGAACCUUGCCAAUUGGAUAUUGCCAGAAAGCAUACAUAAAUUAUCCGUCUAAAUAUUUUUAUUUUCGAUAAUUUCGGUUGUGAUAUUUUUAAAAUGCAAACGCAAACGGACCGCAUUUGUAUUUGUGUGUGUACGUACGUACGUACGAACGAGUAUAGUCGACACAUUGUUGGUCACAUCGAUCUUGUCUUUUGAAUAUUUUCAAAUCAUCCGUUUCCUUGUGACAUUCUGUCUAUCUAUCACCGAAUAGAAUGUAUAUACCGUUCUAUUGUUAUUCCCGAUUUUAAAAUUGACGAGCGCGCUGCUGCGCUCGGGCCGAAUGCUUACAAAUUGAGUUUCAAAACAAUAAAACUGAAGAACGACAACAGGAAACAAAAAAAAACGACCGAAUGAGAUAUAAAAAAGUAUAAACUUUCAAUUCUUAAUUUUAUUUCAGUUGAAAUGUGCUGUCGCUGCUGUUGCUGCUGCUACUACAACAACAACAACAACAACAACAACAACAACGAAAAGCUCACGAAUCGGAAUACAAAUUGUGAUGAAAACGAACGAAUCGAGAGAAAAGAACGAAAAAAAACAAGUUGUUUGAACGUUGCAUGAGUUGAACUACUUUUUUCGAAACUCGAGCACGCCAAUUUGGCUGACGAUGAUAAACAUUGAAUGCCGAUGGUCUGCACCAAUUUUCAACGGUUUAACAACUCCAUUCGAUAUUAAAUAGUGAAGCAUUUGUUUACUUGUUUUUUCGACGAUCUUUGGUGCGAUUGGUCAUACGAUUGAAUUAUUGUUGUAGGUGUGCAAACUAUUAAUAGCAUAAAUUUUUGGAAUUUUUUUCUAAACAAAAAAACAUAAUAUAGAAACGAGUACAAAUCGACACCAAACAUUUCCGUUCCGAACACAAAGCAACAUCCAAAUACAAGCAUCCACCCAACUUCAUUUCGAUAAUUAAUCAAAUUCGACCAUUGUUCAAAGUGUGCGCUCAACUGAACAUUCGAACAUUCAGUAAAUCAGGUCACUGGCAGUCG